CUUGUAUUAAGACCAUUUAAACGGUGCGUGUAAGGUUGGAUAUGUGCACGUCACAGUGCAUUUGAAGCAGAUAUGUACGCGCAUGCGUGCAGUAUAGUGAAGCUGAGCGAGAACUUGCAGUUAAUGGGUGUGUGAAUGAAAACUGGAGUUAGUGUUUACCGGACACCAAUGGAGAAAAGCUAAUGGGGUCUGAACUGGAGAUGGGAAAAUGUCCACCACAGAAUGCUGGAAAUUCAACCCAAGUGCAGAAUACUCCCCCCAACACUCACACCUUGGGAAGUGUGAACACCCAAACAGUUGGCUUUUUUAACUCUCCCUCAAAUGCCUGCUGCUUCUGUUGGUGUUGCUGCUGCAGCUGUUCUUGUCUUACAGCACGCUCUGCUAAGGAGGAAAGAAUUCUGAGAACAAUUUUCGAAAAAGAAGAGGACGUUGAUACCAACCAAAUGCCUCAGCUCACUCUGGAGGAGGUACACACAUGGGGAGAUUCAUUUGAACGGUUAAUAAAAAGUGCACAAGGUCGUGUGCACUUCCGACGGUUUCUUAAGACUGAGUUUAGUGAAGAAAACCUGAAGUUCUGGCUCGCCUGUGAGGAUCUAAAGAAAGAGACUAACAAAACCAUGGUAGAACAGGCCGUGAAACAAAUAUAUGAGGACUACAUUUCUGUAUUGUCACCUAAAGAGGUAAGUCUGGAUUCAAGUGCACGUGAAGUGAUCAACAGGAACAUGCUGGAACCCUCAUCAUGCACGUUUGAUGAGGCACAACAGCAGAUCUACACGCUCAUGCAGAGAGACUCUUACCCACGAUAUAUGAACUCCAGCAUGUACGCAGACCUCAUACAGAGCCUUGAACAAGUCAACGAGUCUUAACAUACAUAUAUGAAUGUACAUAGGACCUAGACUUUAGAUACAGGCCUAUUACACUUCCCCGAAGACCAGAUAGAUCCCUUUGGCCCUGUUUACACUUACCAUCCAUCCCAAGUGAUCAGGUCAGCCAAGACAUUCACAUCUGAUAUUUACACACAUCUCAACACACAUCUUCUGUGACAGUGGUUAUUGUAUUUUGUUGACAGUGCCCUUUAUAUAUAUAUAUAUAUAUAUAUAUAUAUAUAUAUAUAUAGUAAAAUGACUGGAAUAACAUAUGGCUUUUACAAAUGUUUUAUUUAUUUAUUUAAAGACAUACAUUUUGGGCACUCUGUACAUUUGGCACUGGUUCUAUUUUUUGUCAAAUAUAAUAUAUUUUAUUAAUUCUUUUAGUGCAAGUAUAUGCACUUAAAAUAGCAGAGCUUUAAUUGUGCCUUGCCUCAAAGAUUAGGAUAGGCCAGAAAAUUAUACUGCCACUGGAAAUUGGUGCUGUCAAGUAGUUUUAGUCUAGAUGGUUUACAAUUUAAAUGUGAAGUAAUAAAAAUAGACCUUACAAAUAUACACCCCCAAAAAGACUGAUAUUGAGGUAAAAAUAUAAUAUCAAUCCAGCUCUGUGGUGGUAUCUGUAUGAAUUAAUGGAAUAAAUGUACAAAUAGAGAUAUGUAACAGUAAAGUACAAAACGAACAAUACCUGUGUCCCAGUAAUCUAGUUUACAGUCCUUAAUUUGAAAAUACUGUAUGAACAAAAUAGAAUUAGUCCUACCUAGAAAGGAAGCAAAUUUUUCGUAAUUGUAACACUAAGGAGGUUUUAGAAUUUAAGAGAUCUACUUAUAAAAAUGUUAAAAUGACUGAAAAAUGCUGACAUUCAGACGUGAUUUUGGUGGUAGAAAAAACUGUUAGCCUUCAAAAUAAUUCUCAGAUUGGUUUGUUAAAUGUUGAUGUUUUCUGUUGAUGAGUUUGUCUACAUUACUGUCUAUAUCAUUAAUAAAGUAUGCUUUUGGGUUCAUUCUUGACACGACAUCUCAUCUAAAAGUACAGCGUUUGUACACAUUUUUAUCAAGAAAUUUCC